AUGACUGAAGACUACACACCCUCCAUCCUGAUCGAGCCUCCACCAAGCUCAGAGCAGGCUCUCCUCGAGUCUCUCAGCAUGUUCGACAACUACUGUGCUGCAGCCGAUCCUUCUGAAUGCUACCCACAACCGCCUAGCCUUUUCAUCCAACAACCGGACACUCUCUCGAUCUCAACGGAAUUUGAAGACUUCCUUCAGGCGGACAACAAGUUUGGUUAUAGCCCUUCUACUUCUGGUCGCAGCUCACCAGUCGGUGUUUGGAGUCCAGCUUCCAGUUUCUCUGGGGAAGUUUUCCCCGACGACGAAUACAGUUGGCAGCAGCCUCUCUCCAGCCACUCCUCCCCCGCCCACUCCCCUUCAUCACUGUCGCCCCUGACGUCUGCUUUUGACGGUUUCGCCCUGGACGAAGGCUAUUCUACCGCCGAGCACUCCGUUCUGAACGGUCCGCCCGCCUUUUCCCGGCUGCGAAGCUCCAGUCAUUCUGGUUCAUCAACCGAACUAUGGGCGGACAGUGGCGUCGGUCGAGGUCGCUCGUCGUCAUUUAGCGGCGCUACAGAGGCCCAAUUCUUCUCCCCUACCCCGAGUCCUGAGGUCCAAAUCUCCGUGGCCAAUCUAGAUCUCUCCUUCACGGACUCUCUGGGAACUAACCUCUCUUGGGGCGCGGUUUCAGAGGCUGAUGUUGCCUCCGCGCCUGCCGACUCCCCGCUUGGGGGUUUGGUUGCUGGUUGGAGAUACCCCAACCGGGAUGGGCCGUCUGCCGACACACAAGACUUGUCUUCACCAGUCAGUCCGUCAUUGCUCACGGUCCCAUCAGCGACGAGCGGCCUUCGUCGCAGGGGUGCUACUGUGGCCCGUCGCACUGUCAGCCACUCGGAUAUCAACUCUUUAAUGCCGCCAGAGCUGGAGCAAGGACGGGGUCGGGGUCAGCAUCGUACCACGCUGAGUAUCCCCAACUCGCGCAGUGCGAGCAACCAUUCUCAGUCGAGUUCGCGGGAUGUGUCUCCUCACAGCGAUUUCGGCUAUUACUCCCCAUCGCCUGCGUUUGAAGACGCAGAAUACGACACUGAUGUCGAGCCCAUGGGUCGGCGGAGUACAUUCACCGCCAUUCGUGGGCCGCGGGAGGGGUUCCCUGCCACAACUGUGCCGUUGAGCAGGGCUAUCAGCGCGCCAUCUGUUAGAAGCCGCAGAAAUAGGGCUAUCCAGCAGCAACAUAGCAUUGGUGGUUUGGGAGUCUUCAAAGCCGAGUCGUCGUCCGACUCGACGCCUUUCCUAUUCCCUGACGCGCCAGGAGCUGGUCGCAACGACUUCCGUGUGGCGCAACCCGUAACCUCGCCGUUCAAAGCCGAAGUCGCGUCCAACAAGAUCCGCCAGGCGAGCUCUGCUCGUCGCAUCAACGCUGCUACCUUUGCAUGCCCCCUCCCGGGUUGUGGCUCAACAUUUACCGCCCGCCACAACCUCGUUAACCACAUCAACUCGCACAACAAGCACCGCCCACACAAAUGUCAGUGUGGUAUGUCUUUCACGACCCAAGGCGUCCUCAACAGACACAAGAAGCGAUGCCGGAAAUAA